AUGCGAGAAGAGUACUUCAAUUGGUUUGCCAAAUGGGAAGAGAAAAUGCCUUCACCUGAAGAACUGAUGCCCUUAUCCCAAUCCCUAAUAACCCCUGAUCUAGCACUUGCCUUUGAUAUUCGGAAUCAUCAAUACCAGAGCACGCCGCCCGCGCAGCUGCCGCAAUCCACGGUUCUCUCCUCUCAACCCAACUCCUCGGCGGAAUUUGACUCGGCUGAGUUGGGCGGAGGUGGAACUGGAGGAGGAGUCGGGUUGGCCUCAGAUGAGCCGGCCCGCACCCUGAAGAGGCCGCGGCUCGUGUGGACGCCACAGCUCCAUAAAAGAUUUGUAGAUGCUGUGGCUCAUUUGGGGAUCAAGAAUGCUGUUCCUAAAACCAUUAUGCAGUUGAUGAGCGUGGAUGGCCUUACCAGAGAGAAUGUUGCUAGCCAUUUACAGAAGUACAGGCUUUAUCUAAAGAGGAUGCAGGGCAUGUCCAAUAAUGGAAGUGGUGGCAACAAUAGCCCUGCAGCAUUGUCUGCUUUAGGAGUCGACCCUGCGACCGACCAUUUGUUCGCCAGCUCCCCUGUGCCGGCGCAUUUUUUGCACCCAAACAGGCCGAAUUCUGAUCAUUUCAUGCCCUUUGUGCCGGUAGCCUCAAUUCAGCAUCAUCACCCAAUGCCGGUGGUGGGGCCAGGGCCAGGGCUGCUCCACCAUUCCCAACAGCAAUUUAGACAUUUUGGGACUUCACCUUCGAAUGGGCAGUUUGAACAUCCGUUCAUUAGGCCUUCACAGGCAGUUCAUAGCAAUAACGAUCGCCGACGAUCUGUGACAAACUCAGAUCACCAUCUUCGCGACCUCCACCAUCUGCAAACCACCAACCCAAAGUUAACUCAACCAUCGCCUGCACCACCACCACCUUCGCGACCGCCACCAUCAACCACCACAAAUCGUAACAACCAACAAAAAAUCAAGCACGGCCGCAAUUCAAAACAUCUGCAUCUGCAUUCGGCAUAG